AUGGACUCGCAGGCGCCUGGCGGAGAUGUCAUUGACGAGGCGACAGUGGCCGUCCUCCCUGAGCACGGUCUCGUAUUUUCCGAAAUCCGGCAGAUGCAGCUGCAGCUGUGCAAGCCAAAACUUCUGCCCAUCAAGUCCUACUCGCUGGAGAAGCUCGAGAAGAUGGAGAAAAAGUUAGCACACGAGGCGAAGGAGAAGCGCGACGCGAACCGUGCACAAAGACAGGCAGCGCUAGUGUGGACAUCGCCAGACUUCACGGCUGGUGGAGGCAUCGAAACCAUCCCUGCACCGGCACUGCCAGUUACGGCGGUGCCAGCAUCUCACCCGAAAGUGGCGUCGACACCAUUGCGAAACGACUGUGCCACGCCUCCCUCUGCGGCCCCUGCUGCAGCCGUGUCGGCCUCGUCGAGAAGGGCAGCGUCACAGGAGACGUUGAGCUUCACAACGGCCCACAUGGAAGAGGAAGCCUGUGCCGACGCUCCCAUGAGUGCACCAGAGCGCAGCUCGCGGAUCUCGUCCUCAACGGAGGUCUCCUCUUCCUCUUCUUCUCCCUCGGCGUCUACGGCAGACUAA